AUGGCCUCCCCACUCGCUCCCCCACAGACCACCGCCUACCCAGCGGGAGUUCAGGCACCUCCUCCUUCGGGAGCAGAGCGUGUCGGUCCCGGCGCACCUUCGCCCUUUGUCGACGAGAAGCGUGCGGCCUACCCUUCCGGUCUCACCCCUCCCAUCUCGUCGCAUCCCUCGACCUCCAUGUUUGGCUUCUUCCAGCCCAUCGUCGCGCCCAUCACCAACGCACUCAACCACAUCCAAGACAUCCGCACGCAUCUAGAGCUCACCAACCCCGGCACCGUCGAGCACCUCCAGCGCGAAGUCAAGGGCGUACACACCACCAACUUCAUGUUCGAUGGUGCCCGCGCCGAUCUGACCAAGGCGAUCAGCAUCAACCCUAUCUUCCAGGUCACCCAUGCCUUCUCCAUGGGCUCGCAGGCCGCCCCUUCUUCGUACAACUUUGGCGCGGUCUACGGCGACAACAAGAACUUUUUCCAGGCCGGAUUGGAUGACGGGCUGAACGUGACGAUGCGUGCGAACCGCGGGUGGGUUGCGGGGCACACGACCAAGGUGCAAGCCCAACUCACCGCCACGCCGGGCCAGAGCUUCGUCCAGGUCGAACACGAUUACCAGGGCACUGACCACUCGGCCAACUUCAAAGCGCUCAACCCGUCCCCUUCGGACCUCACGGGCAUCUACAUUGUCAACUACCUCCAGAGUCUGACGCGCAACUUUGCGUUUGGUGUCGAGACGGUGUACCAGCGACCGAGCGCGGACAUGGAGGAGGCGUCGACGGGCUACAUUGCCAAGCUCACCGGUGACAAGAAGGACUGGAUCGCCACCGCCCAGGUGCAACCUCAAGGCGUUGCGCAGUGCACCUACUACCACCGCCUCUCGGAGCAAGUCGACGUCGCUGCCGAUCUGCAGAUGAUCACCAUGGCGCAGAAGCGCGAGGCUGCUGCGACGGUCGGCGCGAGGUACAACUUCCGCAUGGCCACCCUCCGAGCGCAGAUCGACUCCACCGGCAAACUCAGCUCCGUCUACGAGACCCGGUUGAGCCCCGCUUUCGGCCUGACGUUCGCGGGCGAGAUGGACCACCUCCAGGGCGCAGCCAAGUUCGGAUUCGGCGUGAGCAUCGAAAGUGGCAACGAGAUGGAUCCCAAUGCUCCCCCGCCCACGCCGCCUAGCGUGCCCAUGUAA